AUGACCCCCCGCUUCUCCCCCCACUCCACAACCGUGGUCUUCCUCCUCGGCGGGCCCGGCAGCGGCAAAGGCACACAAUCCACCAACCUCGUGCGCGACUACGGAUUCACCCACCUGUCCGCCGGCGACCUGCUCCGCGCCGAGCAGAUCCGCCCGGGCAGCGAAUACGGCGAGCUGAUCCGGUCUUAUAUCCGGGAGGGCCAGAUUGUUCCGAUGGAGAUCACGGUGGCGCUGUUGUCGAAUGCGAUGGCCGCAGCCGCGAGCGAAGCAGCAGCAGCAGCAGCAGCAGCAGCAGCAGCAACAAGCAGCGCCAGCGAUGAACAAGAAAAAGAAGAACAAAACGUCGAUGCGAGAGCGAAACGAUUCCUCAUCGAUGGCUUCCCGCGACAACUCGACCAGGCCGUGUUCUUCGAGGCAACCGUGUGUCCCAGCGACUUCACGCUGUUCCUUGACUGCCCCGAGCAGGUGAUGGAGGCGCGGCUGCUGAAGCGCGGCGAGACCUCCGGGCGCGACGACGACAACGCCGACUCGAUCCGGAAGCGGUUCCGCACGUUUGUGCAGACCAGUAUGCCUGUGGUCGAGGCCUUUGCGGGCCAGGACAAGGUGGUUUCGGUUUCGGCUGUGGGCGGGGUGGAUGAGGUUUAUGCGAGGAUUCGGGGGGCUUUGGAGGGGAGGGGGGUUAUGGCUGUUUAA